AUGGUCAAGAAGGCAUACAUCACCUACAAUGAAGUUCACAAAUUGUGUCAAAAGAGAUCGAAAGAAAUUCUGGAUACAUUCAAACCAAAUUUGAUGAUUGCUAUUGGGGGUGGUGGCUAUGUACCUGCUCGGAUUCUAAGGUCGUUCUUGAAAAGGGAUGGAGCUCCAAACAUUCCCAUCCAAGCUAUAGGCUUGUCGCUUUACGAAAGCCUGUCUUCGGAUAGCGCGGAUGCUGCUGAGGAGCCGGGCACCAAGGUUACUAGGACGCAAUGGCUUGAUCUAUCUUCCUUGCAGAUGAAUUCUCUCAUUGGUAAAAACAUCUUGAUUGUCGACGAGGUCGACGACACCAGAACCACUCUUGAAUACGCUGUCCGGGAGCUGGAGAAAGACGUCGAGACCGCCCGGAAGCAAACGGGCCGAACAGAAAAGACAAACUUCUACAUCUUCGUGCUGCAUAACAAGGUAAAGCCGAAGAAAGGCCGUUUACCUGAGGACAUGGAGAACGGGAAAACGUAUAUUUCCGCAAUGGAGACUGAAGAUGUAUGGAUCUGCUACCCCUGGGAGGCCCAAAAUAUCGAUCAGCACGACAAGGACGCCCAGACACACGGUAUCAGGGCGAUCACCACUGCUGGCAUAUCGGAUGGGGAGUCUCAAAGGACAGCCACAACGUGA